CGUUGGUGGCUUGUUUAUUUAGUGGGUGACCUCUGCUGAUUCUCGAAGCCCUCACUGUAACGCCUGACAGGUUUCAGUCGUCGCAAUCGUUUCGCCUAUUCGUUGUGUGCUUUUAUAUAUCAGGAAAGAGAUGUCAGAUCUUUCGCUCUCAGAGGUGUCCCUGUACGUCUACAACUCGCUGAUGUGUUCCAUCACGCACAAGAUCAUCGUGGAGUCUUUACUGCAAGAACAAGUGGACAGAACAAAGUUCGGCCCGCUGGAACAGCCACCGUCGUUGCAGCCAAUUCAGAACACAGCUACGCCGGUACCGAGCUCUGUCAAGUUGGAAACAGGCAGUAACGGUACGCCUAGCGCAACCUCCUCCAGAAAUGGAACGCCAGCCAAUGAAAUGACAGUGAGACAGGCUUUCGUCAGCAUACAGGGAAGAGACGUCUUUGGUAACGAAAAGAUACCCGACAGCUCAAGGUACUUUGAGUGUCGCAACUGUCAGAGAAGAAUCGCCGGCCAGACGAUGUCGUUGUUGGAUACUCUGCUUGCGGAAGCUGAUAGAUUCGACUCGGGUGAACACCUGGAUGCGCAUCUGAGCGCAACUGCUGAUCUAAUUGAACAACUGGAACAGCUCUUGGACGAUGAUGAUUUAGAGCAGGACGUUAUUCUUUUCAACACCAAGAAGUACAAGGAGGAGUGGGAGUCGAAGCUGAGAAAGAACUUGAAGUCUGCGAAUAGCAACGUGAAUAAGCUCCAGCGGAACGCGCUAGAUAAGAUUGAGCCGCUGGUUGAUGACGUGUACCUGUAUAAGAUUCCAAAGACUCCGCAGACGACAAAAUGGAUCGAUAACGCCAUAAGACUGCACCUCCUCAGAGAGGGUGAUCUGGGUAUUGACGUUGGUCGUAGUGAUCUGAUGUCCAAGUUCCAAGAGAAGAAUAGAAUAAUGACGAGGCUACAACGGGGAGAUUUGAGCUCAGUGGCUGAGUGGGUUGCCGACAAUGCACCUGGAACAGAGUUGGAGUUCAUGGUUCAUAAGUUACAAUUCUUGACUUUUUACAAAGAUGGGAAUCCGCUAGAUGCAUACAGGUAUGCUCAGAAGUGGUUUCCAAGGCUAUUGUCGAAUAGUGACGAUGUGAAUCUGUCAGAUGCAUCCAAGCUUAUGACAUGCUUGCUCUUCCCACCUAAUGACCCUACCUCGCCAUAUUUACAACUAACGAAUUCUACCGAUCUAUCAGAGUUGGCAAACCUGUUCUCUAAGCAGUUCUGCUCCACAAUUGGAUUUUCGUUUGAGUCCACUCUCUGCACUGUGAUAUUAGCUGCCUAUAUUGCACUUCCUUAUUUUGACAAGUUCCAAAAGAUAAGACAACUUACAAACUUGGAUUGGACUUCUAAGGAUGAACUACCCUUCGAGGUCCAUCUACCUGAGUUUCUCAAAUUCCAUGCUAUAUACAUAUGCCCUGUGGCGAAAUGUGAAACCACCACUGAGAACCCAGCGAUGGCGUUACCUUGUCAUCAUCUUAUCUCUAUGCAAGCCAUGUGGAAACUGAGCAAGAACGGUUCGAGUUUCAAAUGCCCGUAUUGCCCGGCUACAGCGUUGCCCACACAAUGCAGACAAGUUCAGUUCCAUAUAAUAUAAUUCAUCAAGUUAAUCGUUAUAAAUUACAGCCCCGUGCGCGUACAUGUCGUCGACCUAUCGUCGACCUAUCUAAACGUCUAAGAAAUCACUGGCAUCCAACAACUCCAACGCCAUCUCCUCGGGAAUAUCAAACUCAGGUACAUCAACACUAUCUUUAUACUUCAAGUUAUAGUAAAGAUACUCCACAACUUUACCUAAUACACGCCCAUCAAACUCGUGAAGCCUUAUGCGGCGUUCCGAUGUCUCUUUAAAGGUGGAUUGCAACAUGCUUCGCAGUGUCCCACUGACAUUUGCCGCUUCUGAAGUUAUGAUAAACUCGAAAUUGUCACUCGAUACCAGCGUAAUGUACAUGGCCUGUGUCAUUCUUAGACUUCCUGCUGCUUCUUCUCCUUAUUCUUCUCUGACUUUGACUUGUG